CUAUGCCCCCUACCCUCCCCCUCGUUGUAACACAGACCUUACGUGUUUUUCAUCUCGGCCAGUUUUAUUCCACCUCCGCAAACCACAACACGUCCCCGCACCAGAGCUUGUUUGGAUAUAGGACUAUUAAAUUUGCCCCUCUGAAUUUACUAAAAGUCAUAUUGCGGUUUCGAUUCGUGUAUUUGAAACCUGUUUACGCAGAGAUAUAAUGGGGUGCUGUUCAGGACGAUGUAUGCUGAUCUUCUUCUGCACUCUCCAAUUGAUGACAGCAUUGGAGAGGCAGGCGUUGGACUUCCUUGGGUACCAGUGGGCUCCCAUCAUGGUCAACUUCCUGCACAUAAUUAUGGUUAUCCUCUGCCUCUUUGGCACCAUUCAGUACAGACCACACUAUGUUGUUCUAUACCUGCUGUGGACAUUACUAUGGGUGGCAUGGAAUGUCUUUGUGAGCUGUCUCUACUUGGACCUGGGAGGCCUUUCCAAGGAGAGCGACCUGCUUUCUCUGGGUGUAUCCUCACACCGUUCAUGGUGGAAAGACAACAGUCCAGGCUGUGAUGACAGGGACCUUCCUGCCACUAGAUGGCAGAGUCUGGAGAGCCCAGAACUCAUCUCUGCUCUGGGAUGCUGGCUGGAAUAUCAAUACAUAGAGGUCCUACACUGCAUUGUACAAGUCCUAAUCUCUUUCUUGGGAUUUGCCUACGCCUGCUAUGUGGUCAGCACCUUCACAGAGGAGGACAGCUACUAUAAGUAAAGAUUUCAAGUGGAUUGAAAAUGACUGACAGGCAAGGAGGGCAGAAGAGGUACAAGAGAGUGGAAUAUCUCCAGUCAGUGAAACAGAAGACAUUCCCACAAUGCUCACAAAACAUAAUUCCUCUGCCUACCAGCACUCUUAAUGCAUACUAGAGUAAACCAGCAUGAGUUCUCUGUUUAAUGUAAUGAUGGUCGAUACUAGCUUAAUCCAGAUCUGCAAAGGUGGAAAGAGUACAGAAAUAUCCUACUCAAGUAGAAGCACUGUUAGUUUAAUGACAUUUUAUUCAAGUAGAUGUCAAAUUACUGGUGUAAAAAAACUACUCAAGUAAAAGAAAAAAAGUAGCAAAUUUAAAAUAAAAUAAAAAUAAAAAUAAAGAAGUUACUUUUCAAAUAAAAACAUUGACUUGAUACUUAGCUAAUUUCUCUAAGGUUAUCUGAAAGUUGUUACACAUAAUCUUUUCCAUGCAUUACAUUAAAAAGAAAGAGAGGAAAUGAAUGUUCAGUGCAAGGAACUAGGAACUAAGUUCAGUGCAACAAGGCACAUCUGCAUGUAAAAAAACUAAGAAUUUGUCAAAAUUAUACUAUUAAUAUUAGAAAAUAAAGUAAACAGUCAAAGUGUAUUUAUGAUUUUAAAAAGCAAUACAAAAUAAAGUGCCUAAACAAUAAAGUUGACAGACUUCAAUAUACUUCAGACUCCAGAAAUAAACAUGUCUAAUCCUACACCCAUUCAUCACCCCUUCGUUACUUGUCCAUGGGACCGGGUGACAUUCACUCACUCCCCCAUUCACACACACUCCCCCUCUUUCCACUCAGUAAAUCACUAAAUCACUCACUCACUAAAUCACUCGCUCACUCACUCACUAAAUCACACACACACACACACACACACACACACACACACACACACACACACACACACACACACACACUCUUUCAAUCAAUUACCAGGGGUGGAAAGAGUACUGAAAUAUCCUACUCAAGUAGAAGUACUGUUACUUAUAUAACAUUUUACUCAAGUAGAAGUAAAAUGACUGACUUUGAAAAAAUGCCCGAAAAAAGUACAAGUACUUGGAAAAGCUACUCAAUUAUAGUAACGAGAGUAGUUGUAAUUAGUUACUUUACACCUCUGAAGAUCUGUUUGUGUUUUUGCCUGCUCCAUUGUCAUUGUCAAGUUGUUUGGCAUAACUAUUCCUAGUUGGCAAGAGAGCAGAAACAGACUGGCACCCAGGCUAGGUCAAUACAGGUACACUCAGAACACUACUGAUACUUCUGACAUAACAUGUAUCAGUGUGCAGGAAAUAGUAUUCGUUGUAUUAUGACAUAAUGGCACAUUGUAAAAAUAAGCAAUUAUGCAAACAGUUGAAUAUGGACUGAAUCCUAUAAUUGUGUGUCCUACAUUGAUGUUAAUAAGAGAUUUGCACGAAAACUACAGUCACGUGCAAAUUAUCAAAGUUUUGUAUACAGAUUUCAAUUUAGGAUCUGGACCUACACUACCGUUCAAAAGUUUGGGGUCACUUUGAAAUGUCCUUGUUUUUGAAAGAAAAGCCAUUUUUUUGU